GCCACGCGCAGACCAAGCCGAAGCAUACAAAACUCCAGUACAAUGUACGCUAACUCCCGGUAUUCCCGACACCAGACGCAGUACACGUCGUCGCCCUCCAAGUACAGCCACCCGCAGUACUCGUCCCCGACCAAGUACAGCGCAUACGACGGGUACUCAUCGCCGGUCAAGUCUACGUCGUACCAACAGCGCAGCUAUGCCGAGUACUAUUCAUCUCCCAGCAGUCCCACUUACUACAACCAGCAGGAGUACUACAACUCGGGCGCGUCCACGGCUUCCUCGUCUUCCCAGGAGGGUCCAUUCUACGCAGAUGAACUCGACGAACUCGAUGAUUACACUAUGGGCCUUGCCAGCCCUGACAUGACCACGAUCCCCACCGUCCCGACGCCGGUAAAGCUCAGCAAAUACGAGCUCGGCAAGACUCCAUCCGGUAGAGUCAUGAUGACGGCAGGCAAUCAAACCAUCGAGUUCUUCUCAUGCGCAGUCAACGCACCGCUCUCGCGGUGUAUGAUUGUGCAGGAGUAAAGCAAAGUGCGAGAGAGAGUCUGAUACUCCACACGGUAGAACGAGCCGUACCUCCUUCUUUGCAACUGCUCAUAGCGUUUGCCGCGGGUGUUCCCAGAGAUGUUUUUUAUUUAAAUUACCUCGCCCUCCUUCUGGAGGAGCCUCAGUCAGCCACAAAGUGUACCAUUACGAAGGCUGCUGGGCUCCUCCCUGUACAAGAGAUGAAGAUGAAGAAGGAGUCGAGUAGUUCAAGCCCCACCCACCUCAGCCCAAACCCCCACCUCAACCGCCGCCCCCAGUCAAAGUCGGCAGCUCGCCCUCUUGUGUGAUCGUCAGGCUCUAAAGAAUACGCCUCCGCUUUUGUUGUAGAACUACCAAGUAUAUAGUACUAUGAUUGCCACUGAUGAAUAUGAAGAACAAAGUCGUCAUAUUGUCCCCUCA